AUGAGCCUUCAUCCCUUUAGAAACUCUUCUUGCAUUAGCGAUUCACCGAAGUCGCAAUAUAAAGAGCCUUUCCAGUUGUUGUGGCCCCACUACCUCCUGAUAACUUCUCGUUGUAACAUCUUCCCCGUAAGCAUGAUGCGGUAUAUGUUCUUGGUCGCAUGCAUAGUCUGCCUGUGCCAUGUGGCUCCUUCCGAUGCCCUUAAACCCACGGAUCUCUUGGCCCCCUUCUAUGUGGAACGGCUGGCCAGAAUCUUCAUGGAUAAGCUUGUGGCCUUCAUGAUGGCGUUGAAGGGCCUAGCCACUAUCGCUCUUGCAAUCAUAGGAAUUCUCGACCGGAAGAAAAAUGGCAGGUCCUUCGCCAACGCAACCGACUCCCAAGCCCUCUUAUUCUCCACAUUAAGGUGGAUGGACACCCAAGCCUGCGUCCCCAAGAUGCUCUGCCAACUGGACCUGACUGCAGCAGCCACAAGGACACCGGAAGAAAACAAAAUCGUCGAAGUUUUAACCAACAACCUGGAUUCUUUUAGCCACCACGCCAACGCCUCUGCUCUGCGGCCCGAGGUUGUUGACCUACUGACCCGAGAUCCCGAGGCCGAUGUGUGUGGCGCCCUCUUUAGCCAGUGUCCUAUUGAGGGGAAGCUGAUGAGGGAUUUCCUGCAGCUUUUGACGUAACGACGAGAUUCAUGUUCAGACGACGGAAGAGCCUAUGGAUACGUCUAGUCAAAUGGAAAUGAGGAAAGACUGUUAUUUGGAUAGGUUGCUGUGGUCUCCGUUUGUUUAAUUAUCUAUUUAUUUACAUAUUGGUAGAGUUACUAUUAUCUAUUAUUAUAUCCACAUAUUUAUUAAGUGUGUCUGUUUACGUAUUUAUUAGGUAUGUUUGUGUAGUCAUUCAUCAGUAUUUAUGCUUGGUAUAUCUAUUUAUUAUCAUUACAUGUAUAUUGAUUAACAUUUUUGCACCUAAUGGAGACAAUAUUAACUAACAAUAAUGUCAAAUUAUAUUACUUGUGUAUCACAUAUUUAUUUAUCAAAUAAGUAU